AUGCUUUGGGUGUUUGUGCUCGUCGUUGCGCUCUCGGCCUGCACGACGCAAGGCUGCACCGACUUGCGAAUUGUCGAGAUUCUCAACCGACCGGCAAGCACGGCGACCCAAUACAUUCAGCUGUUCAAUUCAAAUCGACUGCAUGCGAUCGCACUGAACGGUCUGACAUUGGGGCAUGUCUCUGGCGGCACGUCUGAAAUUAUGUCGUCGGACGUAAUCAUCCCUCCACUCGGAUGCGCCUUGCUCGGAUCCAACAAUGGCAGUUCCAAUGGCAACGUCAAGUUGGACCACGUUUGGUCGACCUUCUCCCUGGCAUCGACAACCACUGAGACAAUCCAACUUUCUCUGUAUUCCACCACGUGCACCUCAGUCUCCAUUGGGACUGGGGCGAGUUCAUGGCCAACGUCAACCCAAGGCACCUCGUACGUCAUUAGAGACUACAACCUCGCACCGACAGGUUCCAACUGGGAACUCUCGCCGUCCGCUUGGACCGGCUCUCUGACCAACAAAGGCUCGCCAGGUGUGUGUCAGCAGUUCUCGAUGGCCGCAACCCGCGCGGCCAUCAUCACAGAAUUCACGCCUGUUGCUUCCGCCAGUGUGCGACCGCGAUCUUACAUCAAAUUAUUCAACAGUGCCACCGUAUCGCUCAACCUGGCGAACGUUAAAUUGCGCGAUGAAAACUCUUUGGUUAAUUCAUUCACGGCAGCUGCUGUACUUCCGCCAAUGUCGUGCUCGUUGUUGUCGGGGUCCUCUAGCACGACCACCAAUGGUAACAUUACCGGCUACAUUGCAACGUAUGACUCCGUCUGGUGGCUUUACGAUGGCGAUACGGUCCGCUUAUCAGCCGCAAUCACGCCGGCGGAAUUGAUUGGGCAAUCAGUUUCGUUUACCACGGGAUGGCCCUCGCGAGGUACUUACGCGUCCUACAUUCUGAAGGACUAUCGGAACACGGGCGACACUGCCAGUCUGUGGCGAGCUGGCACUGUGUCUUGGCCUGGGUCGAAUGCUUGGAGUGGCGGCUACACUGGAUAUGGAGAGCCCUACCAAUGCCCCUACGUUCAACAAUCUGCGUGCUCUACGAUUGUGAUUACCGAGUUCAUGUACAACCCUGACAUGACUGAUUCCUUCGAGGCUCCCGGUGAAUACAUCAAGGUGAUGAACAAGGGAAGCUCCUCGAUCAGCAUGACUGGCAUGUAUUUUAACAAUCAGCCAAUCCUCAACCCCGUCGUGCUGUCUCCUGGUGGCUGUGCUUCGUUUGGGGGAAAUUCGGCAGGCUUCAACAUUUAUGGCGUCACAUUUGUUGAUUACCUUGGCUUUUCGUUGCUUAAUACGAGCAUGACCGUCAAUAUUUCCAUCGGGCAGCCAGGCGAUGCUAACUACGAG